CCGCGGAAACAGAGCAAGCAGAAAAUGCACCCACUCUAUCCCUGUCUGGGACAGUUGACUCCAGUAAUGAGAGGGAAGCCACCCUGCAACAGUUCAACAAUCAGCAUGGAGAAGCACUGCAGACACUUUAGACAGUUCUGCUAUCAGGAAGCAGAAGGACCUCAAGAGGUUUACAGCUGACUCUGUGAACUUUCCCAUCUCUGGCUGCAGCUGGAUCUCCAUACAAAGGAGCAGAUCAUCGAGCUGCUGGUUCUUGAGCAAUUCCUGACCAUCUUGCCUGAGGGAAUCCAGACAUGGGUCUGGAGACUUCAUCCAGAAAUACGUAAUGAGGUUGUUGCCCUUGUAGAGGAUUUCCAGCUAAUUAAUCAGGAGAUUGGGAAAUGUGGGAUUCCAGUGACAUUCGACGACGUGGCUGUGUAUUUCGCCAAGAAGGACUGGGGUCGUCUGGACAAAAGGCAGAGGGAGCUCUACAGGGAUGUCAUGCAGAAUAAUUUGAAGACUUCUCUCUGGGAUUUGAGACUCCAAAACCUGAUGUGAACUCUCAGAUGGAACACAAGGAAGAGCCUUGCAUCCCAGAUUGUCAAGAUGCCAAAGAAAGGGUAAUAUCAAGAGAAGGCAGUGCAGCAGGUGAUGGGAUCCUGAGCAGAACUGAGAAGCAUCUCGUAGAGGGUCCUGAAGAUCUGGUGCUUGGCAUUCUAUUACUGAGGAACUCAGCAGAGAGCGGUCUGCAGGAGGCAACACAGGUUACAGUGUCAGAAAAGAAAGCCAAUGGAGGGUGAGCGAGAGACCUAACAUCCUCUUCAACUUUCUUUUGCGAAGGUUCCCAAUCUCCUUGUGCAGGGGAGACCUGAGAAAAGCAAGAGACUAUGUACUACUUAUGCAUGUAAGGAAAACCUCAAGGGGCAAAGGGACCUGAAAAGCCAUGAGAACAGCAACCACCUGUGAAGGAAAUCCUGGAAGUACAAAGCUUGUGGGAAAAGCUUCAAGCCAAAGCAGGAGCUCACAGCCCAUGGGAGAGUCCGCAGAAAGGAGAACCUCUAUUCAUGUCCUGCCUGCUAUAAAAGCUUCAGUUACCCAUCACAUCUUAUAAGACACCAGAGAACCCACACUGGCGCAAAACCUUACCGCUGUCCUGAGUGUGGAAAAAGUUUCAGUCAACUCACGCACCUGACUAGAUACCAGAAAAUGUACACAGGAGAGAGGCCCUUCCUCUGUCCUGAGUGUGAGAAGAGCUUCAGUUGGCUCUACAAUCUCCAUAUCCACCAGUGAACCCACACAGGGGAGGGACCCUACCUCUGUCUGGAAUGCAGGAAGACAAGAGCUUCCCUCACAAAUCACAUCUCACCACACACCACAGGACUCACAUGGGGGAGAGACCCUACCCCUGCCCCCAAUGUGGGAGAAGCUUCAGCACCCAGUCCAGUCUGACAAAGCACAAUAGAAACUGCCACACGGGGAGACACUCCAUCUAUACCCUGCCUGGGGGGAAGCAGUCAUUAAAAAAAACCUCUUGUAAAAACAAGGAUCCUGGCUAUGAAGAAUGCAGUAAAGGUUGAGACCCUGGGAUUGACGUACCAGGCCCAGUGCCCACACAAGAACUCCCAUGAGGCCCAGACAAGAGGCCUGGACCCAUGUUCAGACACUGGGUAUAGAGAACUCAGCUGAGGCCCAGGCCUGUGUUCAGACACCGGACACUGAGAACUUGGCUGAAGUCCAGACCCUGAGAAUGGAGUACCAGGACACCAAGAACUCCCCUGAGGCCUAGGCUGUGGAAACAGAGGCCCAUACCCAUGCUGAGACCCCAAACAUGGAGAACUCUGCUGAGGCCCAAGCAUUGGGACUAGACUACCAGCCCCAGCUCCUAACCCAAUCCAUAGCCAUGAAGAACCUUGAUGAGGGGGCUCAGGACCUGGCCAAGGACGACCAAGCUGAGGCCGAGGCCAUGGAGGACCCAACUGAUGGUGGAGCGCUGCACCAUUGAUUUGAUCCUACUUGUGUAUGUAUGAGGCAAUAAUACUCAAAUCUCAGUGGUUUAGGAGCCAAAUCAGUGAUCAAUAUUAUCCAGAAGAUCCACAGUAGUGUGGAUUCAUUGUUUCAU